AUGUUACGGCAAGGGCACCUCAAAGAGUUGUUGAGCGAUAAGGGAAGGACUAACUUUGCCAGAGGACCUGAACAUCAAGGCCUACCAUCGCCAGCUCGUACCAUCAACAUGAUCAUCGGCGGUAGCAAUAACGCCUCUAUCUAUAAUGUGAAUUUUACCACCACUCACAAACUCAAUCGGUCUAUCACCCGCGAACAGUACUACGGACUCGAAGAAAGUAUCAUCUUCGAUGAGUCGGAUGCCAAUGGUUUGACUUUCCCUCAUAAUGAUGCCCUUGUUAUUACUUUACGCAUUUUAGAUACCGAUGUCAAACGUAUCAUGGUGGACGAUGGAAGUGGUGCAUACAUUAUCCAUCCUCUAGUCCUUACCCAAAUGAGGCUCGAGGAUAAGUUAGUGUUGUGUUGCAUCACGCUAACCAGUUUUAAUAAUGCAAUUGAGCAAAUAUCCGGGGAAAUUACACUGUAA